CGAACAUUAACCCCUCUGAUUUCCUCAGGAUUUAUUCACGGAGUAGUGAAUUAAUUCUACUGCAGGCGGCAUCUAAAAAAUGGAGAUUUCCGGGCUCUCAGAUUCUUCUCCAUCGGUAAAAACAACAUGCCUGUCAUAUAAUUGCAGGACAAUGUAAAUAGGGGUGAGCCCAGUUGCUCAGUCGGCCUAAGAGACAAACCGUUAUGGCGUUCUCCCAUGCUUAUUAUAUGAGAUGGUCCCUGAUUUUUAUUUAUUGUAAUCUAACUAUUUUGUCCUAUUUGUUUAUCUGAAUUAAAUACGUUGCCCGCUGCCGGCUUUACCUGAUUGCGUUCGAACACUUUGAAAGAGAUACUAUUUCUACCAUCAUGAAGUCUGCAAUUCUCCUCUUCCUGGCUGUAGCCUCGGUUGCCCCGGCUUACUCAGAGACAGGGUUCUACAACUGGACCGAAGAACAUGUGGAUUCGUCAUUUGAUUUCGCUAAGUUCGCAAGUGAUAAAAAAUGGUAUGAAGUGAAAGGAUGGUCCGAAGAACAGGAUCCCAACGAAUUGGAAAACCUGUUCUUCUACGUCAAUAAGACGUCCAACUCGGAAGCUGCCGUAACCUUGGUGGGAACAAGAAAGAGUGAUUCUGCUAAAUGCGUCUACCUCUCUGGCUCAGGCAGCAUGAACCUCUCCCUGCCCGAUACAACGGUACCGGCCAAGAUGAUCUACUACAUCAGCCCAAAAUAUGAGACUAGCAGAUUCAACAUCAUUAAGAAAAAUAGUACCUUAGAUGCAGAGAUUCUCAUCGUCAUUCAAUGCAUCACCGUAGAAGCCAACGGCACGUGUUCCAAAGGGUUAAAGGUCAAUGUCCUCAGCUCCAAUCGUGUCCUCUCGACUGCGACCAAUGAUGACAUCAAUUUGAUCCUUGAACAACUCGAACUGACACCGACGGCUAAAUACACCACAACGAAACAGGAUAAAGACUGUCCAUCGACCCCCCCGGUUGGAGGUGCAAACCACGUUACACUGGGUCUGCUCACUUUACUCCUCGGACUGGUAGCGAACAGUUUGAUCUAACUGAGUUUGGACAUUUUUGUGUGUCAAUGCUUUAUAUUGUCAGUAUUUACGCAGACUGACUUGCAUGCGUUCCUGAGCAGAUGUUUUAUUAGCGAUGCUUCAGGCUUGCUUCUUUGGACCUCUGGAUCGACUGUAGUACGACCGGGUGCAAUCAGUCUGAGGCCGAUGGUCUCAAGCAUGAACGUUAUAAACCAAUAGCGUGACAGUUUUCCUGCCCAGUGAAUGACCUCGAAUUGACCUUGACUCAUCAAGGUUAUUUUACAUUCACGAAUUCAUGAUCUCAGUGCUGGGGGGGGGGGGGGGGGGGGGGGGUUCCAAACGGUCGAUUCCAAACGUGUUGUUAUGAGCACUAGCGAAGUUCGUGAAUUCUAACCAUUGAAGCUUCAAGACGCUGAGAAAAGGUGCCAUAUCCUUUAUUAAUUGCUUUUUAUGUUUUGUACAAAUGACUGAUCUUGACCAUGAGUGAACCAUUAUGUAAGUCUAAGUGUGUGUCAUAGCUUGCUUCCGGGGUUCAAUUCAGAUGAUUGGUCACAAUCAUGAUGAACAAAUUGCGUUUAUUGUAUUCAUUGUACAUGUAGAUGAAACUAAAUCACUUGUUGAAUCUAUGGAUUAAUCAAUGUUAUCUAAUAAACCUGAAAAUCA